GGUCCAUCCAAUAUGUUUCUAUACAGAAGAAGACGACGACUCUACUUUUACUAAAGUUGACUGACUUCAUUAUAUAAUCAAUAAGUAUGGAUAGGAAGAAGGCACAGCAAAAACCAUAACCACAAACUUAAAAUACCAACAUCGUUUCAUAUCUCUUUUCUCGUUAGUUACCAUGGCAGAAUCAUUUGCCUUUGAUAUUGCUCGUUCACUGUUAGGAAAACUUGCAUCUUAUGCUUAUGAAGAAGCUUCUCGUGCCUAUGGUGUGUAUAAAGAUCUACAAGAGUUCAAAGACACUCUCUCAAUUGUCAGUGGUGUAUUGUUGGAUGCUGAGUGCAAGAAGGACCAAAAGCAUGGCUUGCGUGAAUGGCUGAGGCAGAUUCAAAAUAUAUGCUAUGAUGCUGAAGAUGUAUUGGAUGGAUUUGACUUGCAAGACAAGCGAAAACAAGUUGUGGAAGCUUCUGGAAGCACACGGGUGAAGGUACGCCACUUGUUUUCUUCCUCUAAUUCACUUGCUUUCCGUUUUAAAAUGGCGCACCAAAUCAAAGAGAUUAGGGAUAGAUUGGAUAAGGUGGCAGCGGAUGGGGUCAUGUUUGGUCUUACAAAUGUUGAUCCCGGACUCGUUGUGCAACAAAGAGAAAUGACAUAUCCUGAUAUUGAUACUUCAAGUGUAAUAGGAAGGAAAAAUGACCAAGAUCAAAUUAUCAAUCUUUUGAUGCAGCCACAUCCUCGCGGAGAUGGUGAUGGUGAUAAUAGUCUCUGUGUCAUUCCAAUAGUGGGAAUUGGAGGUUUGGGAAAGACAACACUUGCAAAGUCGGUGUUCAAUGAUAAGAGGAUGGAUCAACUUUUCCAGUUGAAGAUGUGGGUGUGUAUCUCCGAUGAUUUCGACAUCAGAAAGAUAAUCAUUAAAAUCAUCAACUCUGCCACCUCUUCCACUUUAACUUCGUCUUCAGUACCAUCGAGUGGUCUUGCUCAAUUAGAAAACAUCAACAACUUAGAUAUUGUGCAGCUAGUAAGUCGUCUCAAACAAAAACUUUCUGGUCAAAAGUUUUUAGUUGUGUUAGAUGACGUAUGGAAUGAUGAUCGUGCAAAGUGGCUUGAAUUGAUCGAAUUGAUAAAAGUUGGUGCACCAGGAAGCAAAAUUAUCGUGACAACACGCAGUAACUCAAUUGCUUCAAUGAUGGGUGAUGUUUUUCCUUAUGUUUUAAAAGGUCUUUCUCCAAAGGAUUGUAUAUCUCUGUUUGUCAAAUGGGCAUUCAAGGAAGGCGAAGAAAAAAAUUAUCCAAAUCAAGUAGAGAUUGGAAAAGAAAUUGUGAAAAAAUGCCAAGGGGUUCCACUAGCCGUGAGAACUUUAGCAAGUUCUCUCUUCUCAAACUUUGAUAUAAGUAAGUGGGAAUUUGUUAGGGACUCUGAGAUGUGGAAUUUAGAACAAAAGAUUAAUGAUAUUUUACCUGCGCUAAAAUUAAGUUAUGAUCAAAUGCCAUCAUAUCUGAGACAAUGUUUUGCUUAUUUUUCCCUUUAUCCCAAAGAUUAUAUCUUUAAUAGUUAUGACAUAGGUAAUCUUUGGGUAGCCCUUGGAUUAGUUCAAUCCCUAAAUGGAAGUGAAAAGCUGGAAAGUAUUGCAAGGAAAUAUAUUGAUGAGAUGCAUUCAAGAUCAUUUAUUCAGGAUGUAAAGGAAAUUGGCUCAAUUUGUGAGUUCAAAGUACAUGAUUUGAUACAUGAUCUUGCUUUGUAUGUUUCUAGAGAGGACUUUGUAGCGGUAGACUCGCAUACUCGUAAUAUACCUCAGCAAGUAAGGCAUUUAUCAGUUGUUAAAGAUGAUUCACUUGACCUUGAUUUGUUCCCUAAGUCUAGAAGUGUGAGAAGUAUACUAUUUCCCAUCUUUGGAGUAGGUCUUGAAAGUGAAAGUCUUCUGAAUAAAUUGAUGUCGAGGUACAAAUAUUUGCGUUAUUUGGGUUUAAGUGAUUCUUCAUAUAAAACCAUGCCCAAUUCAAUUGCAAAAUUAGAGCACCUGCGAGUUCUCGAUCUUUCUCGCAAUGGCAAAAUCAGAACACUACCAAAUUCCAUUUGCAAACUCUUACAUUUACAAGUUUUGGAUCUCGGUGGGUGCACGGAGUUUGAAAAUUUGCCUAAAGGAUUAGGGAAGCUAAUCAGCCUUCGCAGUCUAACUGUAACCACAAAACAAUCUGUUUUGCCACAUGAUGAAUUUGCAACCUUGAUCCAUCUUGAAUUUUUGUGUUUUCAUUAUUGUGGCAACAUAAUGUCUUUGUUUAGACAUCAACUCCCUUCCGUUGAAGAACUGCUUAUUGUAUCAUGUAGUAGGCUAGAGUCCUUACCACUAUAUAUUUUCCCUGAAUUACAUACUUUGACCAUUGACAAAUGUGAGAAGUUAAACCUGUUGUUGAACAAUGAAAGUCCAAUCCAAACAUUGAAGAUGAAACAUUUGUAUCUCAUGGGUUUGCCAACGCUUGUGACAUUACCUGAAUGGAUUGUAUGUGCCAUGGAGACUUUAGAAACCUUAGCAAUCAAAAGACUUCCUAAUCUAAAGAGGCUUCCAGUGUGUCUAUCUACAAUGACUCGUCUUAAAAGGCUCUUCAUAGUUAACUGUCCUCAACUGUUGAGUCUUCCAAGUAACAUGCAUCGCCUCACCGCCCUUGAACGUUUGCACAUAUUUGGUUGUCCUAAGUUGAGCAGAAAAUUCCGGGCCCAAUCUGGUGAGUACUGGCCCAUGAUUUCUCACAUCAAAAGUGUUUUUAUUGGAAAAUCAAAAGGACAUGAAGUGAAGUUGAAGACAUCGACCUUGAAGACAAUGUAGAUGAUGAAACAGGAAGGGUAAAAGGCAUAUGCACUUCAAGGGUCACAAGAGAGAGCAGAGCAGUAGUCGAUGGCGAUGGAAAAGAUGAAUGCAGCUUUAAGGUUUCUCAAGAUGUGUGCAUUAGCAUAUCUUUUUAAUGUAGCCAAUUAAUUGAAAAGGAUUACUCUCUGUCAUCCUUUAUUUUCAGUACUCAAAAACAUCUUUAAUUAUUUGUACUUAGCAUUUUGUAUUUUAUUGAAUUUAAAGGUAAUUUAAUUAACCAUGAAUUAUA